CCGGCCAGACUCCAUAGAAUUUAUAUAAAUCGAAGCAACUCAAAGAUUAGGGACUCUUGGGAAACAUGCGGGGUGAGAACUAAGUGGGACAUUGAGCCCGACAUCGUUCCAGCGCUUUAGCACAGAUUGAAUUGACAACAGUUCUGCCGUUCAACACACAACAGGAAAUUUGCCAGUGCAAUGGUGCGUUUUUCAGAGAUCGACGCGGAUCAUUUGGACGUUUCAAAGCCGUUUCUGCCAACGAAAGCAAAAAGCAAGUUCUGGUGGAGCGGCCUUUGGACAGGUUCGAAGAACCCUUCGAGUUUGUGUGGCCGAUCGAACGGGUCAAAGCAGGCAGGUGCCAACGCUUCAAGCAAGGCGGCCGACGGCUCGCCUGCACCCGUUCCCUCUCCGGGCGAAGGCUCCGUCGUGCCGCGGGGCGAAGCGGUGGACGUCGAGGAGCCUUGGACCAGCGAGGCUUGUGAAGAGGGUGCACCCUUGGGAUCAAAGGACGGGACCGGCUCACAGGCACACCAAAGCGGAAGUGCCGAGCUUGAAGAGGCGAUAGUCGAAGGUCCCAUCCUAAGCGAAGAGGAAGAGCGCCAGCUCUUGGCGGCGCAGCUGGAGGAGUUGGAGCAGAAGGUCUCCUGGUUGGUCCAGCCGCGACAGGCGGAGGGCCAAGCUUUGCACCUCGAGAUGCUGGAGGAAAAGGAGACCAAGCUCGGUGGACUAGGUCCUGUGCCACAACAGUUGGAGGAGAAGGUGUGGCAAAGCGACAGAGCCAAGCUGCGCAGUGAUCCGUACUCGCUGCCGCGCGACAUGGUUUUGGGCUCUGCGAGUGCUGGAGGUAGUUCCCUCCCGAUUGACUUUGCUGCUUCAUCAACCAUAACAAAAGGUGUGGCAAAGGAAAUUCCCAGACAGAAAGCUGAAGAGGACGAACUUGCCUCCGCUGUUCCACAAGAGGCCAAAUCCGGGUCCUCGAGUCUGUGGAGAAUAGAUGAAGGACAUUGCUGGCAACCACUUUCAGUGUGUGGCAAUUUUCUCUAUGAAACAGAGGUUUCAACCAAAACCUGGCGUGAGCUUCCAGCCACCAGUUUGCCUAUGUCUCCAGUGGCCACCACAGCAGGGACCACCACCUACCGCAGUGCGACUCCGUCGGUGCCUCCGUCCAGUGCUGCGUCUCCACACGUGGGGCUUGCUCCUACCCGGGAGCCUCCCAUGGACUCCUCCAGAGAUCCACUGCCUUCUGCUCAGAGGUCGAUGCGCAGUCCCGCCGCUCCCGCCGGUCUACGCCGCCAGGGAGCACAGGAGCUGGAGAUGGAGAUGGCACCGCCCGAAGCAUCCAGCUUGGAUGCACACGAGGUGAAAGAGUUUCAAUUCAACGGCAGAAGAGAGCAACAUGAGCUGAACAAGAAGGUUCAUGAAGCUUUCGGCUCGACAACGCAAGAGCUCAACAGCCUGAAGGAGACGGUCUUUGGGUUGCAACACGAGUUGCAGCUGCUGCAGAAAGACACCGGUUCCCUGCGAUCGGCUCUGUCGCAAGGCGGUUCUCUUCCUGUGGAAGGUGCACGCACCCUUCAGAAGGCCUCAUCCAGAGAGGUGUCGAGAUUCAAUGCCACGGUUUCGGAGCCUCCGCGCACGGCUCCGGCCUACCAAGCAGAUGAAGAAGGCGAUUGCUGCCAGCAGCUAUGUGGAAAUGAUUACGAUUCUUCCCAUGAAAAAGAGGUCCGAAGGCUGUCGGUACGGUCUCCGCUGCCCUCAUCCAGUUUGCCCGCGUCUCCGACGCCGCAGAGAUCCGCCAGCAGUUGCGGCAGUCCAUAUUUGUUGAGAUCUCCGGCACUGCCAAGCUCUUCCUAUGCGACGAGGCUGGUGGAUAGCCCGGAGCCGCCCAUGGCGCCUUCGAGGGAUCCGCCCGUUGCUGGCCAAAGGUUGGCCAGUGCCUCGCCCUUCAGCACCUGGGACAGGCCCCCGGAGCCUCGAGAUGCCCAAGGUCGAGCGCAGGAGAUGAAAGCAGCUUCGCCGAGCACGAUGCUGCGGACAUCGCCAAGGCCAGCUGAUCGCCUCACAGACGAUGAACUGGAGUUGCGCUCCGAGGGUGCCGAGGCGCCGCCGGAGUCCGAGGACGAGUGGCCUCCGUCCCCGCCCGCGGCGCCCAUGUCACCGGAGCCUUUGGCACCAGCUGGGCAGGUUGGGCACCUGCAGGCGCUGCGUCGGCCAGUGGAUCUGCCAAAAACUUUGAAGCUGCCCUUUCCUGAUGUACCUUACCAUCAUGAUGCUGGUUUCGUCUCAGGUGGCGCUUGAUGGCGUCGCGGUUGAGUUGCAAUGUCUCACUUGCAAUAGUUAAAAAGAUUUGCCACGAAGUGGUUUCGUAUCAGGCCGAGAGGCUCUCAUGUGGCAUCAUCACGCUCAUUGAAAUCUUGAAAUCUUGAUUGUCACUUUG